GUUUUUGGGGGGUAAUAUAAUUAGCCUUUCGUUAACAAUGGUUUUAUGUUGGGAUAAUUGAGAAUCCACAAAGACAGAAAUAUGCAAGGCGACGAAGCCAAAACCUUACUGGGAUUUCCUCCGCAUUCUUAUCCCUCCACGUCCCAGAUUAAGGCCGCUUACAGAAAGAAGGUUUGGGAAACUCAUCCCGAUCGAUUUCCAAAUUAUGAAAAAGUUCAGGCCGAGUGUAAAUUCAAGUUGAUUUCUGAAGCUUACAGUUUCCUCCUCAACUCUGUAUCGUAUACGCGGGUUGUAAGAAGUGGUGUUCCAAGAUCUCCUGGAGGAAGAAGAAAUUUGGCACUUACUUCGGUUCCUUUCUUUUUGAUCGUUCUAGGUGCAUUUACACUCGGGGGGUCAACUGCUGCCAGGGCUUACAGGAAACAGAAAGAGUCCUGUGCUUCUUACAAUCCCUUCCUCCCCUGAUCAUGAAUGUCCACAACAAUGCUCCGGUUAAAUAGUAGAAAUAUUAUUUGCGAAAUUUUGUAUUGUACGUGUGUGUGUGUGUGUGUGUGUUAUAAUAAAAUUCCAUUUGCUUGGCCUGAGUUCUCCGUGUAUAUUAGGGGCGGACCCAGGAAGUAUUUUCUGUGUGGGUGAUAUCAACCACAACCCGGAUGAUUCACUGCACUUCUCCGACAAUAUACUAUUAUAUACAAAACUAAAACAAACCA